UCUUUGCAUGCUAGCAGAAGGUGGUCCUGAAGGUUUCUUCUAUGAGCGACGAGAGAGUGAAGCAGAAAGCAAUGGAAACUGUUGCAGAUAUCUAUGGUAUUGAUUCGAUAGCCGCCGAUCUCAAAGAUCAGAAGAUGACGGUGAUAGGUGAUAUGGACACCGUCACGAUCGCCAAGAGGUUAAGGAAGUUCGGGCGGAUCGAUAUCCUCUCUGUUGGGCCGGCCAAAGAAGAGAAGAAGGAUGACAAGAAAGGGGACAAGAAGUGAUCAAACAUGGUAGUUCUUAGUACUCCUAUGUUCGAUCCCGUGGAUCUCUGUCUCUUCUUCUCGAUCUCCAGGGUGAAUUUUUUGUU